AUGGGCAGCUACCUGGGUAAACUGCGACCGUCGCCGUGCCCGGCAGAGGGGCGCACAGAUCUGGGCCAGACGCCGGUGACCCGCCGGCCCUCUCAGGCCCUUCACCAGGUCCACCGGGUUCAGCACGUCCACCGCGCCCACCCUGCCCCUCGGCUCAGACCUGCGAGAAGGCCCAGGACCUGGGACCCUGCCAACCCCGCCUCGUGGGUAGUGAAUGAGGCCUGGAAGCGCUUUCCCAUGAAGCGGCCCCCGAAUUCCAUCCUGGGGCCUCUCCCCGCAGACUGGUGGGAAAGUUACUUAAAGCGGACUGUCUGGUCUCUUCGGCACCCCAGGGCAGUGUGGAGCCCCGUGACCAUCAAAAUCACUCCUCGGAGGGGGCUCCCCACCAAGUCCCCAGCACAGGCCAUCAGCCUAGCGGGGCCCUCGCCCCCUGAGGAGCCCCCAGACCCACAUGCAAGGGAGACAGUGCUCAGGAGCCUGAGAGAGGGCACGAAAGGGGGACUGCGGCUGGAGGGGACACCGUCCCCAAACCCUGAAAGGCUGGACAGUAAGCGGAGGAGUCCAGACGCCAGACCGUGCGCAUUUAAGCCUCUGACCAGAAGUGGAGACUUCGCUUCCUUUGUGCCGAGUCUUGGGCCUCUGAAGAGAAGCCUGGGCUCCUGGAACUCAGACCACAGCCUGAGGAGGAGGCCCGCUUCCUCCUCUGUGAGCUCCCUGGCCAGCUCACACGCAGGAGGGCCCUUCCGUUCCAAAAGAAAUGCAAUUACGAGCUCUUACAGCUCUUCCAGAGAUUUCUCCAAGCCCUGGAAGAGAAACGUUCUCUACUCAUCCUUCCAGAUGCCCGAGUGGCCAGUGAAAAAGAAAACCAGCCAGCAGGAUCACUCUGCAGUCCCACUGGCGUCGAAGGAGUACCGAGCAGCGUCUGGCAACACUCGGCAGAAAAAUGAGGACAUUCCACAGCCAUGCUCUCGUCCUGGGGCUCUGCUGUCGCUGAGCCCACCUCUCCAGCUUGGUUAUGCAGACAUUGCUGAGGACCUGGCCUUGGGGGUGAAAGCUGGACUCCAGUGGGGCAGCAAAACCAGACAGGAUACAACAGAGGUCACCACGGGGUCUCCCCUAUUUGUCACUCUGCCUCCUGCAGGCACAGGUCCAACCCAGGGCCCAAAUCUUCAUGUGGCAUCUCCAGGCCCACUGGCCCCCCCACAGUGGAGGGCGGAGGAAAUCAGUGUGGCCCACUCAUCUCUGAAGACAGCCGGCCUGCUGGCCCCACCCCUAUGCUCGCAAUCGCAGCCCCUUCCAGGUCCCUCUUGGGACGAAAAGCCCACAACCGCCAUCACCAGUAUGACCCCUGCUUCUCCCACAUCACCUGCCACUGUCACCACACGGCCACCUCCGACCAGGCAGGCUGACAGGUCUGCCCGACCCCCAGACCCACCCACCAUGACCUCUACACGGAGGACUUUGUUUGGAAGGGCGAGGAGACCAGCUCGCCGUCUUUCUGCAUCUGCACCUCCUGCUGCAACUUCUGCUGACCCCGCAUGGAAACCCAUUUGGGGGCCCCCGGCCACCAGCGGGACUGGGGAGUCCUCACCUUCCAGGAUCUCAGUCACAGCUGCGGCACGUUCACCUCCAGGCAUCUCAGUGCCCGCCUUCGAGCCCAUCUUUGGCAGCACAGAACCGCUUACAAGGAUGCCCGUGCCAGCUCCCUCUUUCAGGCAGGCCUCCCCUCCAGCCCCUCCUGCCCGUACCCACCUCUGCCAGGGCCCGGUCAAGGCUGCCUCUGCGGCCGCAUCCACCCCCGCGGGCAGCGAGCCGCCUCUGGAUUUGCCUGUAGCGGAUGUUACCGGUGCUGCGGGCAACACUUGCUCUGUCCCUUCCACUUCUCACACUUUUCCCCUCGGGGCUUCCGGUGCUUUCAGGGCCAGCUUCUCCCCCGGCACAGGCUUCAUUGUCCCACCUCCCCAGCAUGCCACCAUUCCUGUGGGAAACGCAGCCAACGUCUUUAGCCAGGUUCCUCCCAGUGCUGCCCAGACACCCCCUGGUAAAAGCACUGCCAACUUUAGGCACAAGGGCAGCCCUCUGUCCGCCUCUGCCCUCGUAACCGCAGGCCCGUCCACACUGUUAUCUGGCAAAUCCAAUCCGAUCUCAGUAGUCACAGUUCCUUUGAGGUCAAGCUCAAAGUCACCUUUCCUUCUAUCCCUGGGAGCCCCUCCCCAGCCUGCAUUUGGGGCUGCAGGUGAGCAAAAGCAAGGGGCCCCCCAACCAGCCCUUGGCCCAAGCUUCAAUAGUUCCAUUUUUGGAAACUCAGCUGUGGCAUCCCCCACCCCAAGUCUGGCUCAGCCAGUCCUCAGCAGCCCCACACAGUCAGCUUUUGGGGUGUUGACACCCUCAGUCCCCACCUUGCACACCCUAGCCAGCAUCCAGCCAGACGUAGGCAGCGCCCCAGCAGGUUUCCCCCUUGGUCCAGCUGGCACCACUGGUUUUGGAGUUACCACCGAGACCCGCCAGAAUGGGGCUUCUGGCUCAGUGUUUGGCAGCACAGCCCCACGACCAUUUGCCUUUGGGGGAUUAGUGACCCCUAUGGACUGUGGGGAGUCUGGAGUCCCAAACAUGAGCUCUAAGUCUGGGGUGCUCUCCAUUGGAGCAAUGCCAAGUGGGGCCACUCACGCUGCCACACCCUUCGGAAAGGGCUGGAAUCAGAACACCCAGGGCCUGAGCAGCCAGAGCACCCCUUUUGCCUCGGGGAGGGUCAGCAUUUCUGCAAGGCAGGCUAUGCUUGGGGGUCCCCCCAUGGCCCCCUUAGCUCAGAGCAUCCCUGUCCCUAGGCCAGUUAAGACGGGCAGUAGCUUUGGGAAGCCCUCUCCACCUGCCAAGGGCUCUGUCGGGAGAGGGUCUUUUAAAUCACCAGCCCCUUCAUUUUCCAUUGGUGCAAAACCCAAAACCCCCAAAAAUAGAGAACGAGGGCAUCCCCGAAGGCACCACACCCACAAGAAAUAG